UGUCUGCUGCUUGUUGCAUGGAAGCCCAAGAUAUGUGUGUUUUAUUCCUGUCAAAUCACCUCUCCAAAAGCUUGUUUUAAGAUGAAACCGUUACAUUUCUUGUGCCGAAUUAUAAUUGGAUAUACCAUAGGAGUCACUUCAGUGUAUGCCUGUGAGGGAAUACCUUUCUCUAAUUGUCGAAGAGUUCUUCCCUACAAUGCAACAACCUAUCCAAACUACCUGGAUCACCUAUCAGCCACUCAAUCUGUAGCUAUAUACUCAAGCAACCUUGAAAUAUACCAGGUUCUGGGAUGCCACAAGCUCCUGUUUUUCUUUGUAUGUAGUCUGGUGGCUCCCAAGUGUGAUGCCACAGGAUUGAAGAUACCGCCAUGUCAGGAAUUAUGUUACAUGGUCCGUGGCGGGUGCAUGGGUCAUCCAGAAGUAAGAUGUUCUGAGUUUCCCCUGAUGUCGGAGAACCCAAACUGCAUCAGUGACAUCAUGGCGGAGCUAGUAACAUCACCUCCGCCUCCCAUAAUCACUACCACUGUCACAGAGCCACGGACAAGCAGGACAACAACAGGACCACACCAAGGACCUACAAGUUCUGGUCCUACGGAAGCCUCAGGUUCUCCUCCCACAACCGUGACUAUGACUAGUAAUCCUAAGAUGAUAUCACCAUCGUCAGAGACUUCGGAAAAUACUGUGACAUACAGAACUCAAGGAGUUGAUAUUGAGGUCAAUGAUGAAACACUAGAUGAAGGGAAAUCUUAUGAGGUACCUGCCGGUGUCAUCCUGGGAGUUAGUAUUGGAACUUUGGUUACCAUGGUGAUGCUCGUUACAAUGUGUGUCUGUUGCAGAUUCUACACUCAGUGUAAAUCCCCCAAUGCCAGGGCCAGACCAGCACCGGAAACGUAUGGUGGCUUCUAUGCAAAUCCUGCUUUUGAAAAUACUAACAGUGCUGACUUCUGUACACAACCUUCCACAAAUGGACCCAAUCAAGGAGGUCCUAUAGUGAACUCAAGCCAGACGAACACUCGGAUUGCAGCGGAGCUAGCCAUCACCCAACUACCCCCUCACCCGGCUUCACGGCCCCUCCAUACUCUCCCUGUAUGUCAACCAGGGCCUCACACCAAUGGGACCUUGCGUCAAGACCAGACACCAGAUUCCAACAAGACAAGCACCUUGCCCCAAGGUAGUGAUCUAAACCCCUAUCAACAUUCCCAGAGGCGCAACACGCUUCCUGCAAACUCAUCCCCCGCAAGCGCUUGCAGUAGUGAUCAAACAAAGUUGCCGGAUACUGCCCUGGAUGUGCCGCUGUCGCUGAAAGCAGGAACCCUGCCCCCAGAGAAGGUGAUAAAGAACACCGGAUCUACCCCUUAUCAGGAGGGGAGUGUACCGCACUACUGCACGCUCAAUCGCAGGUUUGCCAACGGCAAGAAGUCGCCCAAGCGAUUCAGCAGGACAAGCUUCCUGUGGAGGCAUAACUCCAGCAGAGACGGAAAGGACGUUGCGCCCGAUCAGUCAUCAGCUGAAGGCACACCGACCCGGUUCCAGUGUCCUGCGCAGGAUCUAGUCUUCGCCAAUCCUGCAGCCAAAGAUGAGGAUUGCAACAAGAACGGUGUCUUGACAGAGAUUGACCUGACUGAUGACACUCGGUCAAUGAUCUGUCAGACCAAACCGAAGAUAGAUAAUAGGGAUGACGGGAACAGGUUUGACUUAAACAAGAAGACAAUUGAAAACUGUAGUCCAGUCAUUGCAAAUAUGUCAGACAAGAACUGA